CUCAUAUAAAUGUUCGAAAUAAGAUGCCUAAGAGAUCUUUAUACUUCGUUCUUUCUCGGCUUUUUUCACCCCAAACCACGACUGCGGACUGCGGGACGUCUGCUUGAGCACACCCGAAAUCUGUGUCUCUCUGUGCGGAGAAAAAUGUUGUUCUUCUCUUACUUCAAGGACCUGGUGGGGCGAGAAGUGACGGUGGAGUUGAAGAAUGACCUCGCGAUCAGAGGGACUCUGCACUCUGUUGAUCAGUACCUCAACAUCAAGCUUGAGAAUACUAGGGUCGUCGACCAGGACAAGUAUCCCCACAUGCUUUCAGUGAGGAACUGUUUCAUAAGGGGGUCUGUGGUGAGAUAUGUUCAACUACCUCCGGAGGGAGUCGACGUUGAGCUGCUUCAUGAUGCCACAAGAAGAGAAGCUCGGGGUGGCUGAAUAAUGAUUUGCUGUAUCCUAUAAAUGCUUGAUUCAGGUUCCUCAUGGCUGAAACUAUUGGUCGUAGCAAAUUAUGCGUUGUGAUGUGAUUUAUGAUUAAACAAGCCUAGAAUUAUUCUGCUCUUAAGCUGGUUGCUAUGCAACUUGUAUCA